AUGUUUUUCUUGGACUCUUCUCAGUUUCUUGCGGCCUAUUUUCAUUUCUUUCUUUUUUUUUCUUUUCACACCACCUUUUCAUUUACCCUUUCUUUCUUUUUGUUUCUUUAUUUUGUUUGUUUCGUUGCACUUAAUUCUGUCCUUUUCGUUCCUUUCUUUUUGGUGUGUAAUUACUUUCUACUUUAUCUCUUUGUACAUCAUUCUUUCUUUUUUUCUCUUUCUUUCUUUCUUUCUUUCUUUUUUCUUUCUUUCUUUCUACACCACCCCUUCUAUUAUUUUAUACUUUCUUUCUUUCUUUCUUUUUUACACCACCCCUUUAAUUCAUUCAUUCUUUCUUUCUUUCUUUCUUUCUUUCUUUCUUUCUUUCUUUCUUUCUUUCUUCUCAUGCAACUUUUUCUCUUUUCCUUAUUUUUACAGAACUUUUUCUUUCUUUCUGUCGUUCUGUUCACUUCUUUCUUUCUUUUUUACCUAAACCUUUCCUUUCCUUUCCUUUCCUUUAGUUUAAGUGCGUGGCAACGUUAUCGCUUUCUCUAUCUUCCCAUUCUUUCUUUCAUUCUUUCUUUCUUUCUUUCUUUCUUUCUUUCAUUCUUUCUUUCUUUCUUUCUUUUUUUCUUUCUUUCUUCACAUUGUAUAUUUCAUUCUUUCUGCUUAAUCCUAUUAUUUCUUUUCUUUCUUUUCCUUCGUACCCUUCUUUCUUUCUUUCUUUCUUUCUUUCUUUCUUUAAGAUUGAGAUUAAGUCAAAGUUACAAGUACGUAGACUUCUUUCUUUCUUUCUUUCUUUCUUUCUUUUCUUUUCUUUUUCUCCCAUCUCCCUUCCCUUUCCUUUCUUGUCUAAUUAUCCAUCUUUCCUUUUCAACGGUGCACUUUCGAAUUUUUCAAAACACGGCGAAAAAAAAGGAAGAAACGAGAUUUACUACCGUGAAAUCUCAGACGAGAUUUCACGAUGAGACUUUUCCCUCGACACUCGAAUUCCCGCUAGUUAAUUCCCGGGUUCGAUAUGUAUUUGCCUGUCUGCAUUCGCCCGCCUUCACAUGGUGUCGCCGAACUUUUCCACGUUUCCUUUCUUCUUUUUCGUUAUUUUUGUUCAGGCUUUCUUACGUAGUUUCCUUUCCUUUCAUCCAUGUUCACCUUUUCUUUCAUUUAACACGCCAUACCCCGUUUUUUUUCACCACGCCUUUUCUUUUUUUUUUCUUUCUUUUUAUUUUAUCCCAUUCUCAUAUAAUUUUCUUUCUUUCCUUUUUUUUUUUUUUAUUUUUUUUUUUAUUUUUCCCUCUUCUUUUUCUUUUUCUUUCAUCCUUUCAUCCUUGCUCUUCUUUCUUUCUUUCCUUUUUUCUUUCUUUCUUUUCAUCCCAACUCUACUCUCUCUCUUUUUUCGUCUAA